AUCUGUCACCCUGGAUUCUCAACAAGGCAGGUUGAGUGGCUCCAGGGUAAGUGUUUGAUACGGAGGAAAGUGGCUUUUCACUUUCCUCCUUUGUUUGUAAGGUCCAUUUUGGGACCUGGAGCCUGGAGAUUUCAAAGCGAUUUGGGAGGGAUGAAAUCUCCAAUCCUGGGACCAGGUUUUGGAAAUGGCCAGGAUACUGAUUGCUCAGGUGUGCAGGGCAAUCUUCUAGGGUCAGGACCAGGGUUCUGGGCUCCUCCCCAGCAGACAGAGUCAGGAGGGCUCCACCCCGGCAGACAGGAGGUCGCUGCCUUGGAGCAGACGGGAGGUCUCUGCCGUGGAGUCAGGUGGGCUACACCUAGGAGAGGUGGAAGCCAGACUAGCUGU